ACUCCCAGACCUGUUGAAACCGUUGGGAGGGAAAACGGAAAUUGUUGUCUUGUUCCUGCUUUGAAACACAACACUCGAAUGAAUCAGCACCAUCUUCGUAGUGAGAACUGAGAACACACAAGAAAACACAAGCAAAAAAGUGUUCCGAAGAGUGAGGUUUUGUGUCGACAAUGAUCCAAUGGACGAAGCAGUUGAAUGCUGCAUUUGGGGCUGCCUUUCUUUGGUUGAUUUGCUUGAUUUACUUCACCCAGGGUUUUAGGUCUUUUGUGUGGACAGCGAUUUCCUACCAGCUUAAAGAUAAUCUGAAGUUGUCACCUUCAGCUUCCCAAUUUGUGUUUUCAGUAGCGUUUUUUCCAUGGAGCAUUAAACCAUUAUAUGGAAUACUUUCUGAUUGCAUUCCAAUUAAAGGAAGAAAACGGAGUCCCUACUUAGUGAUUGCUACUGUGCUUUCCCUAGUGCCAUGGUUGGUUUUAGGCUUAAAUUCAAGCUUGAGGGAUUCAACAUGGCACCUGAUGGUAUUGUUGACUGCACAAAACUUGGGCUCAGCCAUGGCGGAUGUUGUUGUUGAUGCAAUGAUAGCCGAGGCAGUAAGAUUUGACCGGGCCUCCUUUGCAGGAGAUCUCCAGUCAAUAUCAUGGUUUUCUAUGGCUUUGGGAGGAAUAUGUGGGAGUUUGUUAGGAGGAUAUGCAUUAUCCAAUUUGCGGAUAGAUGUUAUUUUUCUUCUAUUUUGUGUGCUACCAUGCAUACAGUUAUUAUCAUGCUGUUUUGUGGAUGAGAACUCACUAAACAGCAAAGUUUCACAAGAGGAUUCAAUUGUAACAGAUUCACAUAUGAAUACUCUAGAUGAAGAUAUUCCUUUAACGAAAAAGUCCCACAGCAACACAAGAAGAAGAAAGAAGGGCAAAAAGAACCCAAAGGGGAGAUCAGUAAAUAGCAGAAAUUCAAGGACUUCGAAAAAAGAGGACUCCUUGGUAUCAAAGUGGUUCCAUUCUUUGAAAGAAGCUAUUUAUGAUUUGUGUCGUGCAUUUAGACAGCCAAUGAUUUGGAGACCUAUGUCUUGGUUUUUCCUUGCUCACAUUACCAUUCCGGAUCUUUCAACUGUCAUCUUCUACUUUGAAACGGAGGUUUUAAAGUUAGAAGCAUCUUUCCUUGGGACUGCAAAGGUUGUUGGUUGGAUGGGACUUAUGCUGGGAACCUUCGUCUAUAAUCGUUUCCUAAAGUAUAUGACCCUUCGAAAAAUCCUCAUGUGUGCCCAUAUUGCGUUGGCCUUCUUGAGUCUUCUGCAGAUUGUGGUGGUUUCUAGGAAAAAUAUUGCCUUUGGCAUCUCAGACAAGAUUAUGGUGCUUUUUGGCUCAGCUCUUGCGGAUGGUGUCAAUCAAUUCAAGUUUAUGCCUUUCCUGAUCUUAUCUGGACAACUAUGUCCUCCAGGAAUUGAAGGGACUUUAUUUGCCCUUUUCAUGUCAAUAAACAACUUGGGAAGCACACUAGGGUCUUUUUUGGGUGCUGGUUUGGCUUCUGUGUUGAACAUUGAUUCAGGAUCAUUUGACAAUCUUCUCUUGGGCAUCAUAAUUCGUUCCUUGUGCAAUUUCAUCCCAGUUGCUUUUCUGUUUCUUAUACCAAAAGAAGCUACUGGUUCAUCAACAUAGAUUAUGACCAUUUGCUUAACUUCAUUAGACAUUCUAGGACUACCAUAGUUGAUAGUUUACACAUGUAAACGGAGAAGUUUCAGAAGAAAUGAGGGUAACAUGUUAAUCUGGUUUACACACACUUGGGUCAUAGUGAUUGUAUAUACUAUUGAACUUCAAUUUUGGUCAGCAAGGCCAUUUUACAUGAAAAUUUGGAAAGGUGAUUGGUUGAUA